UCUCUGGCUCGCAUAUUAACCGCUUGCAAGCGCUAGGGAGCCAACUAGUCUUUGUGAGUAGUCCAUCUGUGGGAGGGCUCGCACAUAUACACAAAUAUAUAAACAAGUGCAAGCGAGCCAGGGAUUUCAGUCUGCACGCGCACGUCCAUUUGCAGCGCAAAAGAAUCCCUCCGUCUCCGGACUCCAGUCGCACACACUAAGCUCCCCGUGCAGCCAUGCCUAAGAGAAAGGUAAACGCUGCUGAUGCUGCAGAUGCUAAAGAUGAGCCCAAGAGAAGAUCGGCACGGUUGUCGGCUAAACCAGCCCCAACAAAAGCUGAAGCAAAGCCAAAAAAAGAGAAGGCACCGGUAAAGGAGAAGCCUGAGGAGAAGAAAGUUCCAGCAAAGGGUAAAAAGGGAGCAAAGGGCAAACAGACAGAAGAAGCUAACAAAGAAGAAGCCAAGGAGGACCAGCCAUCUGAAAAUGGAGAAACAAAAAGUGACGAGGCCCCUGCUUCUGAUGGAGGCGACAAGGAAUCAAAGUCUGAAUAACCUUCAUGUUGUACCGAGUCUUUUAUCAGUGGUUCCUGUACCUCCCUUGUACAAUUCAGAGGAAUAUUUUUAUCAACUAUUUUGUAAAUGCAAGUUUUUUAGUAGUUUAAUUCUAGAAAACACAUUUUUAAAAUAGGGAAUCCCCACCAUUUUUUGUUUUUGAUUAUUUUUUAAAAACUUUUUAUGUUUUUUUUAUUUGGUACAUUGCCCCUAUAUGGCUUGUAAAGGAUAUGAAUACUGUACCAGUUAAGAAUACUACACCUCAAAAUGGUUACUACGAGGAGUGUAAGCCUUGAGUAACCUUAAAAAUGUUUUUUGUUUUUUUUUUUUUUGUUACAAACGGCUAGUACUCAAUAUGCAGGCUGCCAAUCUAACAGGCAGUGCUUGAUACUGGAACAAAGAUCACAAAUAUUAAAAUGUUUUAACUGUUCUUUGUACUCAUGUUCUGCGUACAAUUUAAACUUUAAGAUAAUAAAUCUCCCAAGGUGACGGAUUUCCCUCUAAGAAUUGUGUACUAUCUGUGAUGUUACCAUUUUUUAUUUUUCUGGGUAGUGGUAUUUUAUUUUCAGUAACUUUGUAAAAGUGCUGUGAAUCUCUUUUGGGGAAAACUUCUUGAGUGCGUAGUGAGUGUGAUGUGAAGUAGGGAGAAAAAAAAAAAGGACAUGGCGGUUCACGUGUUUGCAUCUUUUCCUUGCCACGGUGGCACCAAUGUGUGUUCGAUCCUUGGCCGAGAAAUGGGUUGAAUUAUUUGCAUCAAAGAUGCUGGUACGAGGGGUGCUAGAUUUUCUACGAAACAACUUCACUCUGAACUUUUACGCCGGAAAGCCGCUAGAAAUGAAUUCCAAUGACUUCAACGACAUUAUUUUUAUUUUUUUCCUAGAUUUCCAAUCUACUAAGAGUUUUGAAAGGAAAACAAAAUGUACAGAUUGUUCAUAGUGUCUGUGUAAUAAUCACCGAACCAAUAAAACCUGGUUGAAAAAGUUA